AAUUGCUAAUUUUUGGUUGAUUUUUUCUGUUGCCUUUGAUUUUUUUCUUCUUCUGUGAAACACUUGCAUCAUAGAACUGCAUCGUUGAAGCAGAUGAACUUGGUGUAAAUAGACUCUAUUUAAUAGAGUAUAAGUUAGCAAGCUUUUAUCGACAUGUAGUCUGGUCACACUUUAUUUUGGUCUCUCUUUGAUUUUCUUGUUUGAAGAGUGGCCCAGUUAAAUUUAAGUGAAAUUUGGUGAUCUGGAUUUUGUCUUUGUCAGAUGCUUUAGAAUUUGUAAUUUAUAACUGUCAAAUUUAUUAUUCGAACAGACCUAUGUAUGUACAUACAUAACGUUUAGAAAUCAUUUAUGUAUUGAUAAAUUUGGCUGGUAAUUCAGCCAAUCACCGCUAUGGCAUCGCCACGCCAGACGCGUGCUCAACAAAAAACCUCAUUAAUUGCGGUAUCUGAUAAAAUGCUACCGCCAAAUGUAUUGAAAAUAAUACCAAUGGUAGAGGGAUUAAAGCGUAACAAUCAACUGGAAACUUCCACCUCCGAAAGGCGACUAACUCGCAAACGAAAGUCGGAAACCGAGCAACCGCAGCACUUGCUGAGGAAACGACCAAGAUUUGCAAAGGAGUCAACUAAAGAGGCGACCGCAAAGGGCAAAGAUACGAGCGAACAACACGAGAAUAAGCAGCCGUCAAAUGCUGCCAAACUCAAGGACGGCAGGGAUCAACAGCCACAGAGUAAAACUAGAUCCCGCAAUGAGUUGACUGCAUCCACAUCGAAGGAGGUGCUCAAGCCACGCAUGACAAGCAAGAGUAGCCAUAAAACAGCUGCAGCUAACAAAUUCCGCAAGGAUCCCACUUGUAUUGAUAAGCUAACCACAGCUGCAACUAGUUAUAACAUUGAUAAUAGCCAUUUUUUUGAUUUGAAGGCAAUGAAGCGCACAACAAAGGAGCUGAUGACGUUGAAUGCCGCAAUGGCUGUGACACCAGUAGAGGCAGCUAAAGUCGGCUACACGCACGAGCAGCUCAAGCAGUUUCUACUCAAUUCUAAGAUCGCCGACAUUUUUUCCAAUGCGCUGCAGCCACAGUCUACCAGCCAGCUGCUACUUAGUCUCAUUAGCAGCUUGUAUGCUUUGGAGACAGUGCAGCAGGAUGAGCUGAUUGACCUAUAUCAUCUAGGAAUUAUGAUGCAGCACUACGAGCAGCUGGAUACGCAUUGCAUGGGCUAUCGUUGUCAACUCUUGGAGGCCGUAUGUGAACUGGCAUUUGAGCUUAGACCUCAAGACGCCGUUAUCAUUGGUAAAAAUCUGUAUGAUCGUCUAGUAUGGGGCACAGGAAAAGCACGCAUGGAGCGUGUCAUUGAUAUGCACAGCUCGCUUGUGCUGCUCAUCAAAAAUGGCGACGAGAUCAAUCAUCGCAUUGCCAUGACAAUACUGCUAACUACAUUCUCAAAGGUCUCCGGAACACAAAUUCACGCGUUUGAGAUUGAUGUGAUCAUGCAAGCUUUUGAAAUGGCAAAGUCGGUCGAUUGGGAACAGUUGGCGAGAUCAGGAUGUGAAGCAGAUCUGUUUGUUUUAGUUCACAGUUUUGGCUUGAUUCUCAACACAAUGGAGAAUCGUCGUCCACAUUCCGAUUGGGAUACGCAACUGGGCAGCGAAAUUCACAAGUACUUCAUGACAGUAUUGCGCUCCUUGCGCGUGUCCAGAAACUACAAUUUCUUUGCAAUGAUGGUUGAACGUUAUAUUGCUUUUUGUGUUGUUCGUGGUGCUACAGCGCGCGCACACAUAACGGAAAUGCUUUCAGAUUAAUCUAACGCUUUUAGUAUACAAUACGUAAAUUCCAAUUCUAUUAGUUACUUAAUUUUUAAUUUUAAUGUUAUGUGAACAAACAAUUAAUUUCAUGAAAUGCUUUCAGAUUAAUCUAACGCUUCCAGUAUACAA